AGUCGCGCCAUGGGGCUCAAGCCGUCCUGCCUGAAAGGCCUUAAAAUGUGUGUCAGCAGCAGCGGUAGCCACGACGAGGCCCCCGUCCUGAGCGACAAGCACCUGGACGUGCCCGACAUCAUCAUCACCCCCCCGACGCCCACGGGCGUGGUGCUGCAGCGGGAAUCCCGGCGGACAGUCUGGCCGGAGGAGACAGGGUCGCGCCCCGAGGAUGGAGAAAUGGACCCUGAAGCCUGAGGAGGAAGCAGAGACGAGGAUUUGUUGGCUCGGAUGCCCGCUCAGCUGCCCCCAGCGAGUCACGGGUGCGGCAUGCAGGGGGUUGCUACAGGGAAACGGGGUGUGUCGAGAUGAGCCGGGAACCAGCACUGCCCGCUUCCGGGACUUCCUUUCCCGGACCCCCGAGUGGCCCAGAGCAGUGGGGCUGGCCGUCAGUCGGGGUGCCAGGCCGAGGCCUUCCUCUGGGCAUACUCCCAGCACCCGGGCGGUGAGGACAGGAGCCCAGGGCCGGCGCGCACGAGGACUUCUUGCCAAGGAGCGGCUUCGAUUUUUACACGGUGAAACCGUCCAAAUGGGAUGCGUCAUUUCCUUUUUGCAUUAUAAAUAAAGACCCUGUCACACGGUGAGCCCCGCUGUUGGGCUGGGUGGAGGAGAGGUGCUGUGCUUGGGGCAGUUGGGGGCUAGAUCGUGGCCACCAGGAGACGGCCGCAGGACCCAGGAGACCACUCCAGGACCCAGGAGACGGUCCAGGACCCAGGAGACCGCCACAGGGCGCAGGAGACGGCCGCAGGACAAAGGAUACCACCCCAGGACCCAGGAG